UACAUUAGAAAUAUAUUUGGAAAAUUAUUGAAGGUGGCAAGCGGAAAAUUUUCGGCCCCCUCCAACGUCGUUUUGAGAUGUAUCCUGCUCUGCUGGUACCGCUAGGAUUUCAGAAAAGGAUUUAUGGACUUUCCUCAACACCUGUCUCUGCACUUCCACCCACACCCCAUCUUGGAGAACCAAACCCGGAUAUCAUCCUCCGCCUCAGUGAUAAUCCUCCUGAUGUGUUGGAAGAGACCGAAGAGACUGAAUCCGUCAAACUACUCUGCCAUAUACUGUCAGAAAACCUUCCCUGCCAAGAGAGGUGGAGGAGUCUUCUUGCUCACGUCCAUCAAGAACCAAAUGCUUACCUCUCUGUUUCGCAUUCUCAGUUUCCAAACUGGAACUUCCCCCUAUGGCUCCUUACAUUUCUCGAUUCCGCAUCUCGGUAUUCAUGCGACUCAAGUGUUGAGGACUGGAGAAAAAGCCUGAGUUGGCUAGAGUCGCUGCAGGAGGCAUGCAUGGUGGACGCCCAUCUUAGGGAGUUGCGCAGCCAAGCCCUACUCCAUCUCCAGGUGUUUCCAUACAACGAGACUAUGAGGGACAUCUAUGAGGAAAAAAGCACCUCCGACCUUCAAUUUCUAGUUGGGGACCGGUGGAUCAAUAACUUCAUUAUUGAUGCAGCUUGUCACCUUGUCAACAGAAUCACGGCACAACAUGGUUCUAGGACAUUUGCGUUACCAAUUACCCGCUGCACUGCCAUCAUAGAUGCCUUUUCCGAUGUCCCAUCUCAUAAGGGGGCUGUGGAGGUCCUAAAGCUGGAAACGGAUCUUGAGCGCGAGGCCCGUGAUGGGCGAGUCCACGCACUUUUCAUGCCACUUCAUAUCAAUGGGAAUCACUUCGUCGUGAUGAAAGUGGGCUUCGAAGAGAGAUUGCUUACAUAUAGUGACUCGAAAUCUCCUUCCCUCCCACAUUGCCCAAAACAGACUCUAGUCGCAAUCAAAGGCUGGCUAUCCUCAGUGUCCGCGAUGUCUGGUUGGAAUUACCAUGCCAAAGAAAUUUCUCUGCCAUACCAGGAUGACAGUACAUCGUGUGGAAUAAUAGUUAUUUCAACUAUUGCUGCCAGAAUACUCGGGCAUGAGGAUUGGUCAAAUAAAACCCGAUUUCACCACCGUCUUGCUUGGUUUUUAUGGAUUACUCAUCCCAAUGAAGAACCAGAGUUGGUGAGAAUGCUUUUUGACGCAAAACUUCGAGAAGUUGAAAUGUUGUACCUGAAGGCCAGGAGAAAAAACCGGGCCAUCCACACAGUAAUAGCAGCCUCAGGAAGAGAAGUGCCAAUCAACAAAGCUUGGCCAUGCUGCCCUCACGCUGCCCGGCUCAAAAUGAACAUCGGAACAAUUGAGCGUGCAAUUAAGAAGUUUCAGGAGGGCUUGCAAGAGGGUGUGCUGAAUCAGGGUGAACACUAA